AUGCACGGCUACAGCUCUUCAGAAGAGUCGGACGACCCUCGUCGCCCGCGCCCUGUGCCGGCAUCGACAAACACCACCGACAAGAAGAAGACGAAAAAGAAGAAGACGCCUCCGCAGCCUUCUAUCAAUCAUAUUUGGAAGAAGUUCCAAGACAAAAAGUUCAACAAGGCUUUGGCUGUGCUACCAUUCGACCCCGUUCUGCCGCCAGCAAGCUCAGAGAAGCCCAAUGAGUUGCUUAGCGCUGGAUACGAACGAGCCGUCGAGGAGUGCCGCCGGAAAGUGAAGAAGAUAAUCCAAGAAUGUCGUAGAGUCAACAUGCGAUAUCGGGACCCUGGCUGGGAUCUGGACUGGGAUUUGAAGUGGGAAAAGGGUCACUGUCUCAACACUCUCGGCCAUACCAAGUGGCAACUUUCUAGAACGACUCUCUCCAACCCAAGCGCAUCUGUCCCCAAAGCAGUAAAGCGAGUUCACGAGAUUUUCGAGAAGCCAACCUUUUUGAAGAACGUCAAUGGCGGAGAUGUGAAGCAGGGGAGCCUCGGGGACUGCUGGUUGAUGGCUACGCUGACUGCCCUUGCUAACGUCGAGGGCGGUAUUCAGCGCAUCUGCGUUGAGUACGAUACUCGCAUCGGCAUCUACGGCUUCGUCUUCUACCGAGAUGGCGAGUGGAUCUACUCCAUUAUCGAUGACAAGCUGUACCUGAAGUCUCCUUGCUGGGAUUCGCCUAGCAUGCAGCGGGAUCUCCUCCAGCAGAUCGACCGAGAGGACGUUGAGCGUGUCUACCGCAAGACCUAUCAGACCGGAUCCAAGGCCCUCUUCUUUGCUCAGUGCAAGGACCAGAACGAGACCUGGGUGCCGCUGAUUGAAAAGGCUUAUGCCAAGGCACACGGUGACUUCGCCUCGUUGGCUGGCGGUUGGAUCGGCGAGGGCUUGGAAGAUCUCUCGGGUGGUGUCACCACCGAGCUGCUUACAUCGGAUAUCCUCGACCUCGAGGGCUUCUGGGAAAACGAACUUGCCAAAGUCAACGAGGAGUUCCUCUUCGGCUGCUCUACCGGUCUCUUAGACGGAGGCUAUGGCGAGAGAAAUGGCAUCUCGGAAGGCCACGCAUACGUGAUCAUGGAAGCUAAGACGCUCAAGUCUGGAGAGCGUCUGAUCAAGCUGCGCAACCCUUGGGGCAAGAUUCGCAAGGGUGUAUGGGAGGGUGCUUGGUCCGACGGCUCCAAGGAAUGGACCAUGGAAGUUCAAGAGGAGCUUGGCCACCACUUUGGCAAUGACUCUGUCUUCUGGAUCAACUACGACGACUUCCUACGCAAAUUCCAACAUAUCGACAGAACCAGGUUAUUCCGCGACCCCGCUUGGAGGUGCGCUCAACGUUGGAUCGGCGUUGAGGUGCCCUGGAAAUCCCAGUUCAACGAGAAAUUCCAGGUCAAGUUGUCCAAGGAUGGGCCGCUAGUCCUAGUUCUGACUCAACUUGACACGAGAUACUUCAAGGGACUUCAGGGACAGUACGCUUUCCGCAUCCACUUCCGGAUACAUGAGCGAGACCGCCCUGGUGCCGAGGACUAUAUCGUACGCUCCCACGGCAACUAUCUCAUGGACCGAUCCGUCUCUAUCGAGUUACCGGACAUGCCAGCCGGAGAGUACAGCAUCUUCAUGAGUGUCACUGGUGAGAGGGACACUAACAUCCCCUCUGUCGAAGAUGUGGUCAAGCGUGAGUGCAAGAAGCGCGUUGAGAACGACAAGCUGGCGCAAAUUGGUGCCGCGUACGACUUGGCUCAUAGCAAAGGCACUGCGCACCUCCAAGAGGUCGCUAGGCUGCGAAAGAUCAAGGAGCAGCAGAGAGCCUCCGAAUCUCGCCAAAAGGAGCGCCGCAAGCUCUGGGAGAGACGCCACACCAACCGCGAAGUCACCAAGCAGCAGACCAAGAAGAACAACGAGAAGCGCGACCGCAAGCGUGCCAAGAAGGCGGAAGCAGCCAAGGCUAAGGCUGACCUCGAGGCCGCUCAAAAAGCCGCCGCGGAAGCCAAGAGGGCCGAAGAAGCGAAACUUUUGGAAGACGCAGAGGCAAAGAAGAAGAAUGCAGAGAAGCCCAAGGACCAAGCCGUCCAGACGGAAGUCACCAAGGAGGAGCCCAAGGAGGAGCCCAAGGAAGAGUCCAAGGACGUUGCUGCAGGUGACUCCAAGACAGAUGGCACAAACGAGUCCAAGGAAGAGCCCAAGGAUGGAGCCAAGAAGGACGCCACCGACGAUAAGCCUGCAGACAAACCUGCCCCUUCCCCGGCUCCUACCCCUGCUCCCGCACCGCCAGCGCAGAAAUCCUACGACUCAGAUGGCGAUUCGUCUGACUCGCCCAUCGAAGACUGGGAAGAGUUGUAUAGUGACGAUGACAUGGUCAGAAAGCCACGCCUGACUCCCGCUGGACCACCCAAAAGACAUGACGAGCGUUACGAAUCUGAGGAGGAGGGUUUGCCUGAUCCCUGGAACGCUAUCUGCAUCGUCGGAGUGCGCGUCUACUCCAUGGAUGAGGACCUUGAAGUUCGUGUCGUCAUGGAAGGUGGCGAGCUUCUCGAGGGUGGUAUGGGCAAGAAGGGAGAAGCCGAUAUCGACAACGCCCAGGUGAACGCGGGCGGAGAGCGCGAAAGGCUUGAGGCUGAUAGUGCAGAUGCCGCGAAGCCUGAUGUCAAUGUUGUGAUCCAGAAGACAGAAGAAUCGACCGAAGACGCCAAAGAUGACAAGGACGAGACGAAUGAAGACUCAAAGUCGGAAAAGUCAGACAAGAACAGUGUCGAUUCGACCGAUUACGACAAGCUACACUCCGGAACUUCGACACCAGACGUCAUUGCCACCCCGGAAGCUACCCCACUAGAGUCACACAAAGAGUUGUGCUAG